AUGGGCGACCGCUGGGUCUCGACUAACCUUAUGCGGUCAACCUACGUCUGGCUUCCUCUCACCCUCUCAGGCACAACAGCAACUCUCAACAACGAAGUAAACUGGAUCCUAAACUCCAACUCCUGGUCCAGCGGCCCCAGCGAAACCACACCCGAAGCAGAAGCUAGCACCAACACGCUCUCCGGUGGUGCAAAGGUCAUUUCAUGUUCCGGCUGUUCAGGCGCCCAAUCUAUUGGCUACAUCGGUGGUUCUCCAGGCGGGAAACUCAUAUUCCCGAAUAUAUCUAGUACCGUGGCGACGACGACGACAAUACGGAUCCAUUAUACGAAUGCGGAUGCUUCGCAGCGGUUCGCGAGUGUGGUGGUAAAUGGUGUCAGCCAUGUUGUGGCUUUCAUUCCAACGCCUGAUGAUAAUACGCCUGGGACGGCGACACUGACGGUUCCGUUGAAUAGUGGGAGUGCGAAUACGAUUGCGUUUGAGGCGUAUAAUGGGGGUUGGGCCCCAAAUAUCGAUAGAUUGAUGGUCCCUGUGUCUUGA